AUGUCGCGCCAUGUAGGCGCCAUGCCGACCGUCCGUAAAGGACCCAAUUGGCCCUCCCAUCUUCGCCAAUUCAGUCGCGGGAGUCUCGAUCGCAACGCGUCCUCGGCCGACUCCCCUCGUUCGCCCGACACCGUAUCCAGUGCCUCGACGAUUCGCGGCGAUCAGUCAUCCUCGUCGCAGAAGACGCGCCGUCUUGAGAGGCGAUGUACCGUCACCGUCAAUGAGGGCUACAGCCGCGAUGAGGUCCUCUUGAACCUCGACGUCUUUGGCGGCGAGGUUCGGUCCGGCAGCCUCAUGGCAAUCACGGUGCUGAAGCCCGAGAAUGACAAGAGCGCAAGCCAUGGGUCGUCUGGGCGUGACCAUGCUCGGAGCCCGGCGCCCGGUCUCUGCGACGGGGAGAAUGUGGGACGGCGCUACAUAUUCGUCGUCAAGGACGCGUCGAAGGAGCAGAAGAGCCGCAAUGCGGGCCUCGAAAUCUUCGUCAUGAAGCACAUUGCCGACGCCUUUGGCAUGAAGAAGGGCUCGCAGGUCCUGCUGAGCCACGUCGACGCCAACAGCCCCGCUACGGCCGCCUCCCACGUUGAGCUCUCCUUCAAAGACCAAUAUCUCUCUCGCUCCGACAUGUGGCGCAUGGCCAUUGGCGAACUCGCCGAGCGGACCGUCUACAAGGGUCAAUCCAUUCUCUUCAUGGGCACCAUCAAGGCUCAGGUAACCGCCGUCUACGUUGAGGGGCAGAAGGCGCAUUCGGCCUUCUUCACGCGCGACACGCGGCCCAUCUUCCGCAGCGAGUCGGCGCGCUACGUCCUCUUCAUCCAGAUGGCCCGCGAGAUGUGGGACUUUGACGCCGAGGGGUCGGGCGAAAUCGUCUUCAACAAGGUUGUCAAUGGCUUCCUGCCAGCCCUGUUCAAGAAGUGGGCCAAGAUGAAGGUCAAGCACCUCGUCACCAUUGUCCUCUUUGCGCGGGUCGAAUACGACACUGGUCUCAAUGCCGAGCUGGCGAGCAGUGCCCUCCAGGGCGAUUAUUACACGGGCACGCAGCAGUCGGGCGAGCGCAGGCCGUACAAAGACUUCUACCGCGUCGUCGUGAGUGAGAUGGCGAGCAACGAGUGGACGACAAUCUUGUACCAGCUCAAGAAGGACUUCAAUUUCUUUCGUCGCGACAUCAGCCUGCACCACCAAAAGGCCAGCAGCGCCUUCGUUCAGCUUGCCGAGGAUGCCGAUGGCAAGACGACGCCCAACAGGGUCAAGGCCGAAUCAUCGCUUUCCAUGUUCGGCAACUUCCUCGAGGCUAUCAACAUGGCUUCGUCGCAGUUUGCCCACGAUUACAUCGACCGAGAUCUCAUGCGCACCGGCAUAUCCAUCGUGGUCAUCACACCCGGCCCCGGCGUCUUUGAAGUGGAGUACGAGACGUUACGACGGACGACCGAGGCCCUCGUGGGUAACGGCAUCGGUAUCGACCUGAUUUGCGUGCCUAAGAUGCCUCUUCACUCGGUUCCCCUGUUCCGCUACCGCAACCCCCAGCCGUCCGAUGGGCGCCACCACCACCGGAACAAAUCCAUGCGCAGCCGCGAGAGCACACCGAAGCAACAGGCCACGCCAAUCUUCGGGAGCUAUCAGUCCAUUGCCGACUCGCUGUCGCCCACAAAGGGCUUGGAGCUGGCGCGUCGCAUCGACUCGCUUGCCCAUGCGCAGGAUGACUGGUGCUAUGCUUUGCCUCAGUGGCUGCAUGUCUCCUACUGGACCGGCACAUCCGAAGAGGCCUUGUCGUACCAAGGCAUCGCCCUGUCUGUGGCCGAGAACGAGAAAGAGACGCACGAGGAAUUUAUUAUUCGUGCAAGGAUGUAUGCCUUGCAGAUGCGGAGCGUGCUAGAGACCAACGAGAUUGAGACGACGCCAUUGCAGGCUGACCCUCUGUAUCCCAUCAACAACUCGGAAUCCAAGACUCUGCCCAAGGUGCGCCACGCGGUGCAGGACGAGGCUGCAUUCGUUCCGUACAAACGACCGGUCGACGCUCUCUUCGACCAUGUCUAUGGCUUCCAAAAGUUCAUCCCCGAAAGGCUCUCAAAGCCCGGAGAAAAGUCGUUGUGGAAGCAGCUACAGGCGUACGACGAGACGAGGGCAAAGCUCCCCAAGUCUCGGAGGAUCACGCCGGCCAGACACUCAAGGGAACUGGACGAAACAACGAGACGCCAAUUGAUGGAAGAUACAGGCUUGUUUGGAACCUCGCUGCCGGAAAAGAAACUCGUCGGAGCGCACAGCCACGGAUCUGCCAGUACGGCGCGCAAGAUGUCAAUGAAUAUUGAGGACGGGGAGAGGCCGGAAUUGCCACCUGUGCUCCGCAAACAGUCAACAGCUACAAUUACAGACACGACUGCCAAGUUGGCUACACCGAAGACGCCCAAGUUUAUGCGCCAGAUCAGUCUUGGUAUUCGGGGAUUUGGCAUUGCUGCUCCCAAGGUCGUACGAGCCGAAGCAAGCUUCGAAACCGUCAACGCAUCCAACGGCGAACAGAGCAAGCAGAAGAAGGCGGGCGGCGAAGAUCUAGCCACACCUCUGAUCAAGUCGACCCUUCCGCGUCCGGCGUCGCCCCAGUCUAUCAAGCCUUCGAUCUCUUCCCUGGCACCCCAGCUGUUUAGGUCCGAUUCGAGAGAUACGCUGACAGAUCUACCUUCGACACCAAGCAUACCGAUCGGCGCGAGAUCAUCACAGUGGGGUAGCUCGACCAAUCUUCAAAAGAUGGGGGCUUUCAUGGCUCCGGGUGUUCCAUCCCUCGCCCGCAGAGAUCUACUGCAGGAAGAUCGAGACCAGCAGUUCUCGUCGGCGUUGAGACAGGAAGACAACGACAGGAGGUUCAACAACAAGCUCCGGGUCCCUGAGUCGCCUACCACGCUCUCCCCUACCACCGCCGUCACGCCCUGGCUGACGUUGCUGAACCCUUCCAACCCGGAUACAAAGAAGGUGGACGACACUGUUCUCUACAGUCGCUGGCAGCACGUCUUCCCGAAAACGUCUGAGAUGAAAGUGAUGAAGUGGAAGGCGCUCUGCUGUCCCGCUGCGGUGCCACUGACGACCGAGUAUUUCCCCACCAAGGCGCAAUUCGAUGCCGAAUACCAGCGCCAGCCGUACAAUAUUGCCCAGAACGCGGAUGAUGAGCUUGCCGAAGAGCCCAAGUCGCGCGAAGAGUUCAUCCGAGAGCUCAUCAGCCUGAGGUUCUCACAAGGCUUCCAACUGGUCAUUGGACCUGCCGUCGCCCGGGCGUUUGGCCAGAAGCAGAUGAAGAUUGCGGAUAUCUUCUCGCGCGACCAGGCCAUGGAGGACGGCACUAGCGUCUUCAUGUCUGUCGGGAACACCAUUCAUCAGCUUUCGUGCGUCAACGGGGCAGAAGUCGAGAUCAACAUCUUUGUACGCAAGCCGACCGAAUCGGCCUUGCUCCCAUUCGCGCUCGGCGCGAUGUACAAGCCAGCGAUCCGCACACUGUUGGAUGUCAACUACCGGACGCAGGAGAUUGACAUUCUGACGCCCAAGCCCGAGAGAAACUGGAACUACAUUGACUCGUACCUCGCCGGUCACAAUGACGAGCUCACGGAGAGCCUGCGGUUCUGGCGGGCGAGGUUCGUGUUGAUCCCCAUGUUGCCACGCAACACGUCCGUGCCGAGGAACCAGUCUGGCGACAACCCGGAAGAGGUCCGGCUCGAAGGCAUCAGGCGACUGUCCCUCCAGUGGCAAAAGUACCGAUACAUCUCGCCUUCUGAGCGCCGAUUUCAGACAGGUCCCAGGAAGCAGCGCGACCCGAACCCUUUGGACAUUGUGUACAAGACGGAAGAUGCCUCUGCGGUCAUCGCUGCCGAGGUGGAUUCGCUUCCUCUUCUCGAGGGCUUGGAAGGAAACCGAAAGGGCCAGCUGGUAUCCAACCGAGAGCGGUUCCGCAAAUCAAAUCUGAACAUCGCCGCUCUUGCGGAAGCGAUCCAGCAACCAGAGGAAAAUGGAGGCGUCAAGCUCCAGAAUCGGCGCUGGCACUUGCGACUGCAUUACAACUGCUUCAUCGGGUCGGACAUGACGACCUGGCUGCUCGACAACUUUGAAGAUCUCGAAAAUCGGGACGAGGCGGAGCAGCUGGGAAACAUGCUCAUGGUGACAAAGUAUGACAGGACCGAAGACAAAGAGAAGGAAGAGUUUAGGAAGGAGAAGAACAGGGGGCUUUUCAUCCACGUGGAGAAGCGCCAUCCCUUCAGAGAUGGGCAGUACUUUUACCAGAUCUCGGGCGAUCAUGCCAAACCCCUACCGCCGAGCUGGUUCAACUCGCGUAAACGAGACGGUCCGGUGCCUGCCACGCCCAUGGCCGAGCACACGCCCAAGGAUUCGCCCCGCGCAGGCUACUCUCGCCCGACGUCGCUGCACGAAGAGCACUCGCCCGUUUCGGGCGCCACGACGCCGACCAUGGCAAAUCUCUUCAAUUCCAAGAAGAGGCCGAGAGUGGUUUUGAGCAAGGUCGUGAAGUAUGACGUGGACCACCGCAAACGCUCCUAUCGGCCCGAGAGGAUCGAUUUGCACUAUGAUCGACUUCACAACCCAGACAACUGCUAUCACAUUCGCCUGGACUGGCUGAACGUUACGGCCAAGCUGAUCGAGGACGCGGUGGAGGGCUGGGCCAGGGAGGCAGCAAACUACGGUCUGCGACUCGUCGAGGUCCCCAUCAGGGAGGCUUGCACGAUCACCGACACGAACCCCUUCCGCCGGCCGUACACUAUCAAGCUCGCCAUACCACCGCCGGCGCAGCAGCCUUCGACGUUUUACGAUCCCACGUCGUUCACGGCCCAAACGUCUCCCGGCAAGCACCCCUACCACGCGGCCAUUCUCAAGAAGUUCGACUUUGUGCUCGACGUAGAGGCGGCGUCAAACUACCCCCCUAAUGUUGACGUGAGCUACUCCUGGGGCAAGCCCGAUUUCAAGUAUACGCAGUACAUCCACCGCUCCGGCGUCCUGCUUGCCGAAGUCACAGAUGAGGGACACUUUAUCAUCCUGGCCAACCGCUUGUUCAGUGAGCGGGCCACGGCGGCUCGCGAAAAGGAGAUCAAGGACGCUCGCGAUUCGUACGGCGGAAGCGGCGGUACCUCCCUCCCCGUCCCGAUGGAACGAGGCGGCGGCGGCGGCGGCAGCGGUCGGUUUGUGUCGAUGGGGUCGUACACACCGUUUGGCGUUCCCGAACCAGGUCCGACGGCCUCCCCGCAGGUCAAACCAGCCCUCUUCGCGCCGUCCCCGACGAUGAGAGCCGCGGAUUACUCGUCAUCUGCACACAGCACAUUCCCUGGCAGCCUGAACCCCAGCAUGCCGAAGCCCUUCCACCUCAGCGAACCGUCGCUCGUCAAGGACGACUUUGAGUCGUUCUGCGGGGAUGCGUCGGCCCUCGAAGCCUUCUACAAGGAGGUGCUUGAGAAGUCGCGCGAUGCGCGCUCGCCCAUGACGACACCGGCCAACGUGCUCGGUCACCAGGGUGCUGGCGGGCUCGAGGCCGUGCCGGAGGCCAGCAUCCCGAGCCUUGGCCUGCCGGAGCGAAUGCUCGGCGAGAUGCGGGACUUCAGCAGUCCGAGCCCUGGUCCCGGCGCGCUGAGGGCGUCGACGACAGCGACGACGGCCAUGGGUAUGAUGAGCAGCCCCGUGCUGACGGGCGUGAGCUUCCUGCGGAGAGGGAGCGUUCAGGCGCAGCUGCAGCAGGUGCAACAGGCGCAAGAGGGCGCGAGUCAUCUGAUUCAGGCUCAGUCUGAAUGGAGGGUGAGAAGGCAGGCAGGAUGGGAAGACAAGGAGGGCGCGCCCCAGACGCGCAGGCAGCAGGACCUGCCUCCAAUCGAAGGCCUUGGCCGACAUCUCGUGCACAGGAGGAUUGAAUACCUUCUUCCGACCUACAUCUACCCUCUCUACACGCUCGCAAGAAAUGCCGCUCUUUGCAUCUGCAUCGCCGUACCUCAUUGUUCCAUCAUUCGUCACAGUGCGCUGGGCAAGACGUUCCCGACAGGAAAGAGGUGGAUGGAUGAAACAGGAACAGCAGCGACUGGCAGCCGUCUUCAUGGUGGCACCAGCACGAUGAGCAACAACAAGCUGGCAUUCGAGCCACGACACUCCUGCACCGACCCUCCAACCAGCAGACUGCCUGCACUUUUCGCCCUUCUUGAACCCGCGAACCUCCUCGCAGAUCCUCUUUGUCCCUCUCCCCCACUCACUCCCAUUGAACGACCGUCCGACCCCGUCAUCCCCACGACACAAGGACCGCACACCAGACCAGACACGGCCACCGAGCGAGCGAGCACCCGUCCCAACGUCCUGCACCGCUGA